GCUCUCUGUCUGCAACAACUCUGAGCACCUUCUCCGGGGGAUGUGACUUCGGGUCGCUCUUUGGCUCUGAAAUCAGCAACAGCUGUAAUAGGGGAGCAGUUUUUUGGAGAAAAUCACAGCUCAAGAAAGAGCAUCAGCUUCGCUUUGUAUCCAUACAAGUGAAACAAGUGAAUCUAAAGUUACAUAUUAUACAAGAGAGAGGGGGACGACAAGGGUUUAUCAUUAACCUGAAGUCUGUGAGAGACAUUAUAAGGAGAGAAGAAGGAAAGGCGCUGGAGAAGCAGGCAGGAUGGAUUCUUCUGAAAAAAUCAAUAACCCUGCUGACAUCUCAGUUAUAGUCAUCUAUUUUGUGGUAGUCCUAGCAGUGGGACUAUGGGCCAUGCUCUCAACAAACCGAGGGACUGUGGGUGGAUUCUUCCUAGCUGGACGGAGCAUGGUGUGGUGGCCGAUUGGUGCCUCUCUGUUUGCCAGUAACAUUGGUAGUGGGCACUUUGUGGGCUUGGCAGGCACAGGAGCAGCUGCAGGAAUUGCCACCGGAGGAUUCGAAUGGAAUGCCCUGAUAAUUGUGGUGGUUCUUGGCUGGUUGUUUGUUCCCAUCUACAUCAAGGCCGGGGUGGUGACGAUGCCAGAAUAUCUCAAGAAGCGGUUUGGUGGCCAACGGAUUCAGAUAUAUCUGUCAGUCCUUUCUCUGCUCCUCUAUAUUUUCACCAAGAUCUCGGCAGAUAUAUUCUCUGGAGCAAUAUUUAUCCAAAUAGCCAUGGGGUUGAAUCUUUAUUUGGCCAUAAUCAUACUGCUGGGUAUUACUGCUCUUUACACGAUCACAGGUGGCCUUGCUGCUGUGAUUUACACAGACACCUUACAGACCAUCAUCAUGCUGGUGGGAUCCUUUAUUCUCACAGGAUUUGCAUUUUCCAAAGUAGGAGGAUAUGAGUCCUUCAUGGAGAAAUAUAUGAAAGCAAUUCCAAACAACAUCUCAUAUGGAAACAUUACCAUUGACCCAAAAUGCUACACCCCUCGGGCAGAUUCUUUCCACAUCUUCCGAGAUCCGAUCACUGGAGAUCUGCCAUGGCCGGGCCUUACCUUUGGCUUGAGCAUCCUCGCUUUGUGGUACUGGUGCACGGAUCAGGUUAUUGUUCAACGAUGCCUCUCAGCCAAGAACAUGUCCCAUGUGAAGGCCGGCUGUGUCAUGUGUGGGUACCUGAAGCUGCUGCCCAUGUUUGUGAUGGUGAUGCCUGGGAUGAUCAGUCGGAUUUUGUACACAGAUAUAGUGGCUUGUGUUGUGCCUUCAGAAUGUGAGAACCACUGUGGCACCAAAGUUGGCUGUUCAAAUAUUGCUUAUCCAAAAAUGGUGGUGGACCUUAUGCCGAAUGGUUUGCGAGGUCUGAUGUUGUCAGUCAUGUUGGCCUCUCUCAUGAGCUCCCUGACUUCCAUUUUUAAUAGUGCUAGCACUCUGUUCACCAUGGACAUCUACACCAAAAUACGAACCCGGGCAUCUGAGAGAGAGCUCAUGCUGGCUGGAAGGUUAUUUAUCUUAGCUUUAAUUGGUAUCAGCAUUGCUUGGGUUCCUGUGGUGCAGUCAGCUCAAAGUGGGCAGCUCUUUGAUUAUAUACAGUCUAUCACCAGCUACCUGGGUCCACCCAUUGCUGCUGUCUUCCUGCUUGCUAUCUUCUGUAAGAGGGUCAAUGAGGAGGGUGCCUUCUGGGGCUUGGUCAUUGGGCUGGUCAUUGGGCUGGUUCGAAUGAUUGCAGAGUUUGCCUAUGGAACUGGAAGCUGUGUAAACCCCAGCAACUGUCCAAAGAUCAUUUGUGGAAUUCACUACCUGUACUUCGCUAUAAUCCUUUUUGGGUGCUGCAUCAUCAUCAUCCUGGGCAUAUCAUUGAUAACUAAACCCAUUCCUGAUGUACAUCUUUACCGCUUGUGCUGGUCUCUGCGGAACAACAAGGAGGAACGUAUUGACCUGGAUGCAAACGAGAAGAUUGAGGAACCUGAGAGCAAUGAUGAUGUAUCAGAACAAGGUGAUGAAGAGCAAGGAUGCUGUAAGAAGGCCUACAACUGGUUCUGUGGCUUAGAUCAGAAAAAAGGUCCCAAACUAAGCAAAGAGGAGCAGGAAGCCAUGGAGAAGAAACUGACUGACACUUCCGAGAGGCCAAUCUGGAGAAAUGUUGUGAACAUCAACGGCAUCAUUCUACUGACUGUGGCUGUAUUCUGUCAUGCCUUCUUUGCAUAAAUCUCAUCUCACACUCCAGAGUUUACAUGAAGGUCUAAUUCUACUCCCUUUUCCUUUUGAAAUUGCACUGUAUUCUUCAAAAGAAAUUAUGCUUUCUAAAUUAUACAGUUAGAUAUACUUAUGAGACUUGUACAAUGAGAUUGUAUGAAUAAGUUGAUUUAUUCAUUGGUUAUAUGGUGGUAAUUAAACAUCUAUUGGCUAAGGAGCAGGAGUACUGAAGUCCCAAAGGGUAGAAUUUCAAUCCAGAACAUCAGGGAGAAUUUAGUAAAUCUCUCUUCUUAUGAAAUACAUUUCACAGCUCAAUUUCAGAACAUGAGAACCAGGGCUGGAUGAGCUGCAUGGACUUCAUGAUUUUGUAAACUAUUUUGGGAGACUGGCGAAAAUUUCCGUGCCAUUUUCCCAAGAUGAUUUUUUUAAAGUUCAGCUAUAUGAAAGGCUGUGCUAUGGAUUCAGGAUAAAUUAAUCCCCUCAAAAUAAAGGCUGCCUUAAGUGAGUUCCCCAUAGAUGACAUUUUAUUGAUGUAUUCCUUUGAUACUAUAGCUAUUUUUAAUAGCCCUUUUCUCUCUCCAUUCUCUGUUCCAUAUAUUACAUGGUUUUAGUGGAUUUUUUCUUCUCUCCUCUUUUGUCACUCUUUUUCCUAUGUGGAAUAUGAACCCCAGUACCAUCUGAAUUUAACUUGUGUACUUGUGCUAUUUGAGUGGGUUUGAAAUUAGGCAAACUAAGUCUGACCUGCCCUAAUAAGAGUUGUGGUUAUGCCCGACUCUUCACGAUUAGCUUCAAAGGUUCCAACGCAAUCUGAGCAUUUAGUUUAAUAUGAGUCUCUGUUUAAAUGUGAAAGCUUUAUUUAUAAAAAUAUAUUCAUAGUAGUUGUGAUUCCCUAGCAUGAUGUAUCAAAAUUAGACUCCAUUUACAUUAACUGUGGACCUCCAUUUUAUAAGGAAAGCACUAGUGUUCUCUUAGUUCCCCUUCUUUUAGUUAGUGGAUUUACUACCUGGUAAUUCUGGCUUUGUGUCUUGCUUCCAAGUACACGAAGACAUUACAGUAUUUUUCCUGCCGAAUUAUGAAUCUUCCUUCUCUGAUAAUUUCAUUAAGUAAUUUCAUUCAUGCCGUGAAGUAAGACUGUUACACUAUAAGAAAAGGAGUACUUGUGGCACCUUAGAGACUAACAAAUUUAUUUGAGCAUACGCUUUCGUGAGCUACAGCUCACUUUAUCAGAUGCAUUCAGUGGAAAAUACAGUGGGGAGAUUAAUAUACAUAGAGAACAUGAAACAAUGGGUGUUACCAAUAAUUACACUAUAGUUUCCCCAAGGAAAACAGUCACUGCUCUGACAUCAUCUAAACCAUUCCAAUUGUCUUCAUCUUGUUUGGGAGUAUGAAACCAAGCUGAGACGUUGAUGAGGCAAUGAUAGGGUUCCCUACCUUCCAGGUUUGGCCUGGAGUUUUCCAGAAUUGGCAUCAAUCUGCCGCUGACUAGUAAAAGCAAUCCAGGAGAUUUUAAUAGGAUAUUUUAAGAAAAUGACAUUGUCAUGUUGGAAAAAAAUAUCUCCCGGAAUAGCUUCAGUCAGAGUUGGCAACUCUAGGCAAUGACCAUGGCUUGGGUCUCAGAGACUAGUAAGAAGCUAUGGAGAGAUGUGUGAUACUUCAGUUCCAGGCUGAAAAGUGAAACUAGAACUUUUUACCACCUAAUUCAUCUUCCCAAGAAGGCACAUGGGAAAUUCCCAGUUGCUGCAGCUAAUAUGUAUUACAAUCCUUUUUGUUUUAUGUACCACAGCUUCCUUCAAUGUUACACUGAAUUGAGACAUGCAUCUUCCUGCAGUAUUCUACAGCACAUUGCACUGUGCUGCAACAUGUAACAAGCAAACCAAUACAGUCUUUCUGAAGCAUGCUUCACUGUUGCAAAUCCAUAUUAUUUUCAUGACACACUGUCUUCUGACAGCAUAUUGCUACUUCAGAUGAGUCCAUAGCAAAAUGUGCUAUCCUCUUGCUGCACAUAGCUGCACUAGUAUCUUCAGUAUAAUGUUCUGUUUCCCUGCAGUAUCCUGACAUGUCCUGCAUAGUGCCAAAUCAUCAAUACAAUCUGAAUCCUAAUGCCAAUGGUCUUAAAAUAAAUAGAGCAG